AUGUCAGCGACCAUAACUGGCAUAACAGAGGCCGCCCUGCGUCCAAAUAUCGAUGCGGAUGUUCAGCAAAAGCCGCACCAACAUGAACUAGCAGGAUCAUCGAGAUCUUAUCCUCCGGUGUCUCUUGACGGGCGUAAUUCGACUCAUCCAGAUACUCACCGAGCCCGAUCCAAAACCGACUCGUUGAUGAAUGGCCCGACCACAACACAAGAACAAGACAUGGAUGUUAAUAAAGCAAAGAAUGGAGUCGAAGCUAUCACACCUGAUAUGCGUCGCCGCGAAAAGGUUGUCAUUGCCCCAAUGUGCUUUGCUCUCUUCCUCGCAGGAUGGAAUGAUGGGACAAUAGGUCCAUUACUCCCAUGUAUUCAAAGUGUCUACGACGUCAAUUUUGCCGUCGUAUCAAUCAUCUUCAUCUCGAACUGGAUUAUCUCAGGCGCAGUCGCCAACGUGUUCUGGACGGAACGAUACUCCUUUGGCACACUCAUCAUCGGCGCUUCUACUUGCCAAGUUGUCGCAUACAGCAUUCAAUCGGCGGCACCACCCUUUCCACUACUCUGUAUCGCCUAUGCUCUCAACGGUUACGGUAUCUCUAUCCAAGACGCGCAGGCAAAUGGACUCGUAGCCAGCGUACAUGAGCAUGCAAGUGAGAAUAUGGGACUACUUCAUGAGAUCUACCGCGUCGGGGCGUUUGCGGCUCCGCUUGUCGCAACGCAAUUCGCUCAAUUGAGGAGAUGGUCAUUUCAUUACCUCGUCUCGCUGGGAAUUGCAGUCUCCAAUACAAUGAUUUUGGCUCUGACCGUCAAGAAUAAGAGUCUUGGCAACAUUCUACGAGCUAUUGGCUCACCACCUGUUGAGACGUACGUGAUAGAGGAGCUCUCGAACAUUCAAAUGAACUCGCUUGAGAGCACCGAAGCUGCGCGGCCUCUGAGGGACAUCAAGCAACAGAGCUCGAUGAGCCAAAAUCUCAAGAACUUGGCAGUACAGCUUAUGGCCGUCUUUAUCCUUGUUUAUGUUGGAGUUGGGGUAACCAUCGGGGGGUGGAUCGUCACAUACUUGAUUGAUGUCCGAGGGGGUGGACCAUCCUCAGGGUAUGUUUCAUCUGGGUUCUUCGGAGGUCUUACCUUGGGCCGUGUCGCCCUACUCCGGUUGAACAAACUUGUCGGCGAGAGAAGAGUGGUCUUCAUCUACGCGGCAUUGGCUAUUGGGCACGCCCGUUUCUCUGCUUGA